AGGUCCGCUGCCAUUCUGGCUCAAGGCGGGGCUCACCCGCGCAGCCCUGCCGCAGGAGAGGGAACCGCAGGAUCCAGCAGAGGUUCUCAGAGGAGCCCCGCCCCUGCCGCGCCAUGCCGCGCUGCCUGCCCCCCGCCGUGGCGGCCGCCACCAUCCUGGCCGCCUUCGCUGCCAGGGCCUUCGUGGCACUGCCGGCCUCGGGGCCGGCCGCCAGGCCGCGGCAGCUGCGCUCCCCGGCCGCGGCAGCUGCGGAGGUGGCCGCGGUGCCCCGCCCAGCCCCUGACGCGCCGGCGGCGGCCGAGGCGGAGGAGGCCGCCUCCCCGCUGAGGUGGCUGAGCGCGGGCCUGCUCGCCGGAGUGGUGCUCGCGGCGUGCUCGUCGCCCGCGGAGGCCCUGGACCGGGACAGCAACGCGGUGAGGCCCACGCUGGACAAGUUCACCAUCAAGGCCGCGAAGUACCUGGAGCUGUGCAAGGACAACAAAAAGUACGCCAAGAAGUGGAAGGACAAGUUCUUCAAGGUCGACGCGAAGCUGAAGAAGUACCCUAAGGACACCGCCGUCUACAACCGCCUGCUCAAGAAGAAGGCGGGCCUGCAGAGGCGCAAGGAGGCGUACGGCGAGCGCCUCUGCGGCAAGAAGGACGGCACCCCGCGCACCAUCGCCACCGGCGAGUUCGUCCGCGGAGGCAUCAUCCCGUCCUCGCUGGCCUUCAUCUACACCACCGGCUGGAUCGGCUGGGCCGGGCGCAGCUACCUGCGCCGCACGCUGGAUACGAAGAAGGAGAUCAUGAUCGACGUGCCCCUGGCGCUCACGUGCAUGGCCAGUGGCUUCGCUUGGCCGACAUACGCGUGGCAGGAGAUCGUCAAUGGAGAGAUGGUUGCCAAGGACGAGGACAUUCACCGCUCCUUUUUCUGAGGAGGCUCACUCAGCUUAUGUGAUCUGUCGGCUCAUUGCCAGUCCUACCCAUCUGGGGAAUUUCGUCUGAUUUUUUGGAUCGCGCCGAUCCCGGCGGCGCCAGCUCCUGAGCCGCCUGGGUCUGGCGCUCUUGCCGCCCGCCGCCGGCUGGGCCCGUGCAGGGAGCGCCCGCUGCUGUGCGCCCAGCCGCCCAUCGACGAACAUCCCCAGAGGAGGGGAGGCGUCGCUCGGGGGCUCCAUCGGCUCCGCGUGCGAGUGGCCGCUCGCCGCCGUGGCCCUGGGCACACGGGCUUACAGGGGUGCUGGAGAGAUCCGGCGCCGGCCAGAGUAUACGUGGAGCCGGCGGCCCGCGGCCCCCGGAAGCCGCGCACACCAGAGGCCAUUCUCGGCCUGGGGCCGCUUUUUGCCGUGCAGCCGGUUUGGGCUUUCGUUGCCCGGGAGCCAGCCACGGCAGCGUUGCGUCGAUGAUUUUCAGGUUGGCCAUCGUUGCA